AGCUCCACCGCAGCCGUAUAUAUGUCGACGCCUGCAAUUCUGCCUCUGCCUGUUCUCCAUCUUCUUUGAAUUGCUCAUUGAGACCCGCUGCAGACGCAUCUGCCCGCCACUACUACCCACCACACGCAUAGCUUUCUUGUAAAGCUCCCGGGUCAUUCACUGCUUCACCUGUAAGUGCCUGCCGCCUGCGCCCGCACCUGCGCCUCUGAACACCCCGCCGAGUCAAAAUCUCUUCCCCACUCGACCCGUUCGAUCGCAUUGUACAUUGUCUGACCCAGUAUCAGCUCCUAGUCCGACCUAAACACAUACCCCGCCAUGGCCGAGACUUUCGAGUUCCAGGCUGAGAUCUCUCAGCUGCUUGGUCUCAUCAUCAACACCGUCUACUCGAACAAGGAGAUCUUCUUGCGAGAACUCAUCUCCAACGCCUCCGAUGCCCUCGACAAGAUUCGGUAUGAGGCUCUCUCAGACCCCAGCAAGCUCGACAGCGGCAAGGAUCUCCGCAUCGACAUCAUCCCCAACAAGGAGGCCAAGACUCUUACCAUUCAAGACUCUGGUAUUGGUAUGACCAAGGCCGACCUGAUCAACAACCUUGGUACCAUUGCCCGCUCUGGCACCAAGCAGUUCAUGGAGGCUCUCUCCGCCGGCGCCGACAUUUCCAUGAUUGGUCAGUUCGGUGUUGGUUUCUAUUCCGCAUACCUCGUCGCAGACCGUGUCUCCGUGGUCUCAAAACACAACGAUGACGAACAGUACAUCUGGGAGUCGAGCGCUGGUGGCACCUUCAAGAUCGCUGAGGAUACCGAGGGUGAGCAGAUCGGCCGCGGAACCAAGAUCAUCCUCCACCUCAAGGAUGAGCAGAUGGACUACUUGAACGAGGCCAAGAUCAAGGAGGUCGUUAAGAAGCACUCCGAGUUCAUCUCCUACCCCAUCUAUCUCCACGUUCUCAAGGAGACCGAGAAGGAGGUUGAGGACGAGGAUGCCGAGGAGACCACUACCGAGGGCGACGAGAAGAAGCCCAAGGUUGAGGAGGUCGACGACGAGGAGGAGGAAAAGAAGGAGAAGAAGACCAAGACGGUCAAGGAGUCCAAGAUUGAGGAGGAGGAGCUCAACAAGACCAAGCCUAUCUGGACCCGAAACCCCCAGGACAUCAGCCAGGAGGAGUACGCCUCCUUCUACAAGUCGCUCUCUAACGACUGGGAAGACCACCUUGCUGUCAAGCACUUCUCUGUCGAGGGUCAGCUCGAAUUCCGCGCCAUCCUUUUCGUUCCUAAGCGCGCGCCCUUCGACCUUUUCGAGACUAAGAAGACCAAGAACAACAUCAAGCUCUACGUGCGCCGUGUCUUCAUCACUGAUGAUGCCACUGACCUCAUCCCUGAGUGGCUUAGCUUUGUCAAGGGUGUUGUUGACUCCGAGGACCUGCCCCUCAACCUCUCGCGUGAGACCCUUCAGCAGAACAAGAUCAUGAAGGUCAUCCGCAAGAACAUCGUCAAGAAGACUCUCGAGCUCUUCAAUGAGAUUGCCGAGGAUCGUGAGCAAUUCGACAAGUUCUACGCUGCCUUCAGCAAGAACUUGAAGCUCGGUAUCCACGAGGACUCCCAGAACCGCCAGUCGCUUGCCAAGCUUCUACGAUUCAACUCCACCAAGUCUGGUGACGAGGCCACCUCGCUCGCCGACUACAUCACCCGCAUGCCCGAGCACCAGAAGCAGAUGUACUACAUCACUGGUGAAUCCCUCAAGGCCGUCCAGAAGUCUCCCUUCCUUGACUCCCUCAAGGACAAGGGUUUCGAGGUUCUCUUCCUUGUUGACCCCAUCGACGAGUACGCCAUGACUCAGCUCAAGGAGUUCGACGGCAAGAAGCUCGUCGACAUCACCAAGGACUUCGAGCUUGAGGAGACCGACGAGGAGAAGAAGGCCCGCGAGGAGGAAGAGAAGGAGUUCGAGGGUCUCGCUAAGAGCCUCAAGAACGUUCUCGGCGAGAAGGUCGAGAAGGUUGUCGUUUCGCACAAGCUUACCGGCUCUCCUUGCGCCAUCCGUACCGGCCAGUUCGGUUGGUCUGCCAACAUGGAGCGUAUCAUGAAGGCCCAGGCUCUCCGUGACACCUCCAUGAGCUCGUACAUGUCUUCCAAGAAGACCUUCGAAAUCUCGCCCAAGUCUCCCAUCAUCAAGGAGCUCAAGCGCAAGGUUGAGGCUGACGGCGAGGAGGAUCGCACCGUCAAGUCCAUCACCCUGCUUCUCUUCGAGACCUCUCUCCUUGUCUCCGGCUUCACCAUUGACGAACCCGUCCACUACGCCGAGCGCAUCCACAAGCUUGUCUCGCUUGGCCUGAAUGUCGACGAGGAGGUCGAGACCGAGCAGGAGGCUAAGGCCGACGAGCCUGCUGCUGAGGCGACUGGCGAGAGCGCUAUGGAGGAGGUUGACUAGACGCCUCUCCCUCUCCCGCCUUGAAAAGUUUGGCUCGGCGUUUGAUUCCCCCUUUUACGUGUUACGGCUUUUCCUCUUUCCAUCCCUCCUUCUCACUACUUGCAUGCAUCGGAUUAGCUAUCUAGUUCAGGCGUCUUAAAGAGUGGUAGGAGGAUAUGUCUGAACGAUAUCCCUGGAUGUGAAAUGUACUCUAGGUAGUUCUUGUAAUGCCCGGGCGUUAAGCCCGCCUCGGUACAUACGAAUGAUGAAGCAAUUCAGAAACUGCCUUUCCUAUUGAAAU